CCUUUUCCCUAUCCCAUUCCCGAUCCCGAUUCCCCGCCCGGCCCCGGCUCCGAGGCGGGGGGACCGUCGUACACAUCAUGGACAUCGAAUGCGCCCGACUUUUACCUCACGUGUGUUCCGUUCUUGCGGAUCCAAGGUGGCCUGGGGCAGAUGACACUUGCUUGGAGAAACUACUGGACUGGUUUAAAACAGUAUUAGAAGCAGAAUCUAGCCUGGUGGUGUUGCAAGAGAACCCGUGCCUAACAGAGCUGCUUCUCCAUGUGCUGAAACAACAGGAUGCGAGGUGCAGCAUCCUCUCGUUCAGUCUGCGGCUCGCAGGGAUGUUUGCGGCCUCAGAGAGCUGUUUCCAAUACUUUCAGCAGGGGGACCUGCUCGUCAGCCUCUUCGGAGCGCCGGGGCCGCUCGGCAGGCCCGCCUGGGAUGACCCCUCCGUCCGCAGCGGCUGGAUUCAAGGCGUGCGCAGCAUGGUCCGGCAUCCCAGCGCCCUGCCUUUCCUCUGCGACUCUGGCGCAAUCGACGUGAUCUUCUCAUUGCAGGGAGAUCCCAGCCUUUUUGUUGCUUCAGCUGCCAGUCAGCUUCUAGUUCACAUCCUGGGCUUCUCCAUGCAGUCAGCAACAUCCGAACCUCCCAGCCAGCAAGACGCCGACUGGCCAGUAUGCGUUCAGAUGAUCACGGGUCACGUAGAAGAAUCGCUACGCUCCAGCGCUUCGUCCCGGAUCACACAAGCGUUGAAUAUGCUAAGCACGAUGUUUGGGCGCUGUCACGAUCCAUGGACGGAAGUACUGUGGUUGAGGAUGAAUCCACUGGUGGUGUCUCUGCUGGAGAAACAGCCUCCCCCAGCCCCUCAUUCUCUGGUGGAUCUGUUCCUUAGCGUGGCACGCUCUCCUGUGUUUAGUCACUCAGAAUGUGACCUGUGGCCAUCGGCAACACGAGCCCUGAGCCGUUUACACCCCACACAAGCGGGACCGUUGGCAUUAGGGAUCCUGAACCUCAAAGAGUGCCCAUCGUCAUUGAAGAGCCAAGCCCUUAGUGUCCUCCUUCAGCCACUGGCCUGUGUUUUGAAAGCCACCGCUCAGCCGUCUGGUUACUCAGGUUUCCUGGAUGAGACUGUGUGUGAUCCCACUGAUACACUUCUUUCCUCCAAGUCAGCUUGUGCCGGUCUCUUGUGUCAAACUCUGGCUCACCUGGAAGAACUCCAGCCCCUGGCCCACUUGACAGGGGACUGGCCUCAGGUCCUCUUGCUAAAUGCAACGGUGACAAUCUUACAGUUCUGCAGUGGCCUAGCAGCCCCAGCUUCCAGUGUGGGAGGCAGGCUCUGUGGGAUCCUCAUCGGUUGCUUCAGAGUUCAGAGGUCGGCGCUUGAUUUCCUGGGAACUCUUUCUCAGGGAGCAAGCCCCAAUGAUUUGGUGAGACAAGUGUUUGACAUUCUUCUUGUGUACCUCAAGAGUCCAGAUUCCAGCCCUACAGUCCUGAAGAAGGCAUUUCAAGCCACACUCAAAUGGCUCCUCAGUGUGUCGGAAACCUCCUCCUCCAGCAACCUCUGCCCACAGACUCAACAUUUCCUCAGAGCUCUCUUCCCGGUGCUGCAGAAGCGCCUGUGCAGCCCUUGCUGGGAGGUGAGGGACUCGGGGCUGGAAUUCCUCACCCACCUCACCAAACACUGGGGAGAGCAGGCUGGAUUCAGACAAGCCGUCCUGUCUUCGGAGGUACCGGAGCUGGCAGAAGCGCUGCUCCGAGACCCGGAGAGUUACGUGCGCGCGAGUGCCGUGACCGCCGCGGGGCAGCUGGCCCUCAGAAACCUGCAUUCCAACCCCACUGGCACCGGGUUCGGAAAGGAUGAAAAGAAAAACCUGGUGCUGGAGCUCCUGGACAUCCUCUCGGCCGACUCGGAAGGUUUCCCUAGGAGGGCCGUGAUUCAGGUCUUCACCGAGUGGCUGAGGGAAGGCCACGCUGACGUGGCCAAGGACGCCGAGCCGUUUGUUACCCAGGUGCUCCAGAUCGUGAGCCGUGACUUGGAUUGGGAGGUUAAAGUUCACGGACUGGAACUGGCCCUGGUCUUCGUCGUCCAGACCCUCGGGCCGCGCGAGGCCGACUGCCCGUAUGCCGCCGCGACAUCCUCCGCCGUCCCCUCCGUCCCGAUCGCUCGCUCGCUGCAGCCGCUCUGCCGCGCGAGGCUGUUUGAGUUUGCGUUCGGCGCCUUGUGUGACUGUGACAGGCCCGUGGCGCGGAAGGCCUGCGAUCUCCUCCUCUUCCUGAAAACGAAACUGGCUCUCCACCCGCCAGGCCACGAAGGGAAGGAAGCCACAGCCGCAGCUCUGGACACCCGUGGCUUAGCCUGGCUUGAAGCAACUUUGAGGGGGUGGAGGUCGGGUGAGCAGGCUCCGGCGGGAGGGGAUGCCACCAGAAUUGGUCCCCAAGAGCCGGACGGCGUGCUGGCUAUCUUGGGGACGAUGGACCUGGAGGGUCUGCGAGGGACGCUAGCCGAGAGCAGCGACCACAUCGAGAAAAGUCCCCAGUCCCUCUUGCAGGACAUGUUAGCCACCAUGGGGGCUGAUGAGGAAAAUGAGGCCGAUUGCUAUUAACCACCGCAGGAAAUAGCCUCUCCCAUGCUGAGCAAACAGUAGUCAAGCCUCCCCACAGCCAGGUGCAAGCCACGUUCCAGUUGCUCGCAGCUAGGAGAGGCGGGACUCCAGCCGGAUCCCCGGAGUAAGCCCACCGUCCUGCUGCCGCAGGGAAGCUUCAGACUCAGACUUUACACAAGCCAUGAACUGAACCUUCCUGCAGAAGAGGAAGGAAGCACCUCCAAGGCAGGGACCAAAGGGAAGAGAAUUAAAAAAAAACGCCAGAAAGAUGCAAAAAUCCCAAAGUGUAAAAAUUUUCGACUUUUGCCAUCGAAAUAAUUCUUUUGAAAACAAAAUAAGGUCUUAUUACGUAUAACUGCAUUGCUGUCAAAAGCACAAGACUUGCCCUUCUCGAUCCAGUUUGCAUCGAUGACUUUCUUGAUCGAGAUUCAUCUUCACGGGUAAUGGUGUGGGGCUCAUAAAAGGCCAUAGGUGCGAAGAAGUGCAUCUGGGGAGGGGUCGCGACCUCUGAACUUACGGAAUACCUCCUGUGGGGAAGUGCUGCCUCCCAAAAAGCUCAGGACUGUAUCUCUGUACCUAGGAGCAGAGGUGCACGUUAGCACACUUUCAUUUUGUUACAUUGUAGUACUGCAAGCUGGAAGAAGCUAUGUCCUCUUUUUUUUUUUUUUCCAGCCCCCGGAGGGAGUUGGGAAGUAGAGAAGCAAAUCAGAUUAAUGCUGUUGAUUAGUACAGGCAUCUUUGAUAUUGGGCAAUAUUAAAUCGUGUUCUUGUGUUCAUUAAA